AUGGGCGGCGAAACACAGCUCCCCUCCAGAAUGGCACCCUCCAAGGAGUACCCCAAGCUCGCGGCUGGCCCUGUGGGCAAGCAGAUCCAUAAGAUCUACCUUGAUCGCUUGCGCCAAUUCACCUCUGGCGGCCAGUACGAGUCCAAGGGACUUUUGCCUAAGAUCACCGAGGCCCGCGCUUCUGGCAGCGACCAUGUCAAGCUGUUCGUCUACUCGCCUCCCGACCUCACCCGCCCGACCUUCAAGGAAGCCACCAGGCACGACUUCCGCCCCGCUGGGGUUGGCGAGUGGUUUGGCCCCAGCUGGUCCACCCAUUGGUUCCGCAUCCACCUGACCGUUCCCGACGAGCUCCGCCACAAGAACCACCUCGAGUUCCAUUGGGAUGCCAACAAUGAGGGCCUCAUCUGGACCGAGGACGGCCACCCAGUGCAUGGUCUGACCGGUGGUGGCGAGCGUACCGAGUGGAUAUUGCCCAAAAGCUACAGGGACGGCAAGGAGCAUGUCUUCUACAUUGAGAUGGCCUGCAACGGCAUGUUCGGCAAUGCUCCUGGUGGUGACUCCAUCCAGCCGCCCGAUCCGAACAAGUACUUCCAGCUGCACAAGGCCGAAAUUGUCGCCAUCAACCUGGACGCCCGCGCUCUGUACAUUGACUUUUGGAUCAUCGGAGACUGCGCAAGGGAGUUCCCCGGAGACUCCUGGGAGUCCCACGAGGCGCUGCAGGUAUGCAAUUCGAUCAUGGACACCUUCAUCGCCGGCCAUGGCAGCCACGAAAGUAUCAGAGAAUGUCGCAAGAUAGCGACGAAGUAUCUGGGAGACAAGGUGGAUUCGCCCGCUGUGUAUGAUGGUCCUCAAGAGGCCAUUGCUCAGCAGUACAAAUGGCUUGAAGAGCUUUACCCUUCCGUCUAUGACCGCGUCAAGCAGAAGGUCAAGGAGGGGAGGUUCCAGCCCAUCGGUGGCAGCUGGGUGGAACACGAUACGAAUAUGCCUAGUGGAGAGUCGCUAGUGCGCCAGUUCGUACUGGCAGGCAUGAGCAGGUUUUUCACUCAGAAGCUCAGCUGGAAUAACAUCAACAACUUCCCUCACACUACCUUCAACUGGGUAUCGCUGGAUGGUAGCCAAGUCAUCUGUCACAUGACUCCAGCGGAGACCUACACGGCAGAGGCCCAUUUCGGAGACGUCAAGCGGAGUGUCACUCAGCACAAGUCUUUGGACCAAGAUGCAACUUCUCUCCUCGUCUUCGGCAAGGGUGAUGGUGGUGGCGGUCCAACCUGGCAGCACAUCGAAAAGUUGAGGCGUUGCCGCGGUGUCAGCGACAACAUCGGCCUUCUCCCCCGGGUCAAAAUGGGUGAUUCGGUGGAUGACUUCUUCACGAGGCUUGAGAAGAAGGCCGAAGACGGUACUGACUUCGUAACCUGGUAUGGUGAGUUAUACUUUGAGCUGCACCGUGGCACCUACACAACCCAGGCCAACAACAAGCGCAAUAACCGCAAAUCGGAAUUGCUUCUGCACGACAUUGAGUACUUGGCAACUCUCGCGAGUAUUAAGGACGUUGUAGGGAGUGGAGGGCAGAAGUACGAAUACCCCAAGGAGGCCAUCGAUGAUAUGUGGGAGGCAACUUUGCUUUGCCAGUUCCAUGAUUGUUUGCCUGGCAGUUCCAUUGAAAUGUGUUAUGAUGAUUCGGAUGAGCUUUACGAGAAGGUAUUCCAAACUGGCGACAAACUCCUGUCGGAUCUUUUGACCACACUUGGCUUUGAUGGCGAUGACGGCGACGAGGCCGGUGCCAACAGCACCAUGGUUGCUCUGAACACACUCCCUUGGAGUCGAAGCGAGAUUGCUAAACUCCCAGACUCAUCGUAUGGUCUGGUCGAAGGCGGCACUGGCAUCCUUCACAUCAAGCCUGUCUCGGCUGAGUCGGCUGUCUCUAUCGAAGAGAUCAGGAAAGAUGUUUACCAGCUUGCCAACAGCCAAUACAAAGUCGAGAUUGACCAGGGUGUCAUUACUUCGCUCUUCGACCGUCAGGCAAAGCGCGAGAUCAUUCCGCAUGGCAAGAAGGCAAACCAGCUGGUUAUUUUCGACGACAAGCCGCUCUACUGGCAGGCUUGGGAUGUUGAGGUUUACCAUCUUGAAUCACGUCAGGAGCUCAAGCCAAGCAAAUGGUCCAUCGCUGAGAGCGGGCCUCACCGCGUCAGCGUGGACAUUGAGACAAGGAUCAGCGACAAGAGUUGGGUCAAGACGACUCUCAGUCUCUCGGCCGCGGUAAACAACCAGCCCUCAUACAUUGAGAUGGAGAGCGAGGUCGAGUGGCAUGAGUCGAUGAAGUUCUUGAAGGUUGAGUUCCCAGUUGACAUUGUCAACCAAGAAGCGUCGUAUGAGACGCAAUUCGGAAUUGUCCGCCGGCCGACUCACUACAACACCACCUGGGACAUGGCCAAAUUCGAAGUAUGCUGCCACAAGUGGGCCGAUCUGUCCGAGGCCAGCUAUGGUGUCUCCAUUCUGAACGACUCCAAGUACGGCUUCGCCACUUGCGGCAACCUCAUGCGCCUGUCUCUCCUCCGUGCGCCGAAGGCGCCGGACGCACAUGCAGAUAUGGGAUCGCACCGCAUUCGCUACGCCAUUUUGCCCCACUCCGGCCCUGUCAGUGCAACGACCAUCAGGACCGCGUUCAACUUCAACCAUCCCCUCAAGUACAAGCGGCACCCACGGCUGGAUUCAAUAUCGGACUUACUCUCAACGUUCAAGAUCAGGGGCUCCGAUGCCCUCGUUCUGGACACUGUCAAGCGUGGUGAGGACGAUAAUGACGUCUCGCGCGGCGAGCUGCCGAAGCGGAAGGGUAGGAGUGUCAUCUUGCGCGUGUACGACUCGCUUGGUGGGAGGGCGAGAGGCAGGAUCGAGUGGGGCAAGGUUCCGGUCAAGAAGGUGUUCAAGACGAACCUGCUUGAGGAUGAUGGAGAGGAAUUGGUCGUGGACAAGGGCGGCGUGGAGAUCGAGUUGAGGCCAUUUGAGGUGGCGACGUUUAGGCUGCAGUUGUAG